CCAAGCACCUCCCCAUGCCAUGUGUGGCGGUGCCCAGAUGUGGGUCUAGCACCAAGGCGGAAUAGCCCCGUACUGUACGGAGUAUUUUACCGUCUGGUAAUACGGUAUCCGGGGCGUAUCGAGCCGUAUCGAGCCGUAUCGCACAAAACAGGCCGCCUGCGAAAUCGGACUGGCUGCCCCUCCUACUACGGUUCGGUCUUGAGUCAUCGGAUAUGAUUCUUUUCUACUGGAUUGCCGCUGCUGUCUUUAAUAGUCUCCCAUCGCCCGUGGAUCCUUUGCAGCGCUGAUCAAGCCUGCUUGUGCAAUCAUGGGUGUGGAAUCCGUCUCCCUCCAGGAGCGCCUGGAGCGAUGGGCUCAACGACUGCAGAACCUCACCGUCUCGCCCCUCACUCGUGACUACCCGGAUAACCACAAGCCGGAGCUGGCGACGAGGGUCAUCGAGGCAUUCGAGUCCCUCAAGCUCCCCAAGGACUGUCAAUUGGCUCUGGAGAGCGUCCCGAGAGCUUCGGCGUCUUCGUUCACGGUGUUUUUGACGGCGUUUGUCGUCCUGGCGGCCCGGUUGACGGGAGACGAGGACAUCGCCGUGGGAACGAGCGCUGGAGACGACGGACGCCCCUUUGUCGUGAGAGUGGCGAUUGACCCGGCUGAGACCUUCCUUCAGCUUCUGGAGAAGGUCGAGAAGGUCUUCAAAGAAGGAUCUGCCGAGAUUGUGCCCCUGGGAAGCCUCCGAUCGUAUAUUCAGGACAAGUCCAAGUCCGAACGGCCUCCUACGCUUUUCCGAUUUGCUGCCUACGAUGCCCCCGCCUCGUCGCAGGAGUACCCGGCGAAUACCUUCGAGACCACCGAUUUGGUCAUCAAUGUGGCUCCGUCGGCAGGCUCCGAGCUUGAACUCGGGGCAUACUACAACCAGCGGCUGUUCUCGAGCUCUCGGAUUGCGACGAUUCUCAAGCAGCUGGCGCAGGUUGUCUUGAACGCGGCUGCCAACCCGAACGAGGCCAUUGGAAGGAUCGAUUUUGUGACCGAGGAGGAGAAGAACAUUCUCCCGGAUCCUACAGCGGAUCUGAACUGGUCGCAGUACCGUGGAGCAAUCCACGAUAUCUUUGCUCGGAACGCUGAGAAGCACCCGGACAAGCUGUGCGUUGUGGAGACCAAGUCGAGCAGUUCCCCCCUUCGUCAAUUCACAUACAGACAGAUCAAUGAGGCGUCCAACAUUCUGGCCCAUCACCUGGUGCAGUCGGGUAUUGAAAGAGGAGAGGUCGUUAUGGUCUAUGCGUACCGCGGCGUGGAUCUAGUCGUGGCUGUGAUGGGUAUCUUGAAGGCUGGUGCAACCUUCUCGGUCAUUGACCCUGCCUAUCCUCCUGAAAGACAGAACAUCUAUCUUGAUGUCGCUCGCCCGCGGGCUUUGAUCAACAUUGAGAAGGCUACUCGGGAUGCCGGCGAGCUCUCGGAGAAAGUUCGGGCCUUCAUCAACGAGAAUUUGGAGCUCCGCACGGAGAUCCCGGCUCUGGCCCUUCGCAAUGAUGGCAGUCUAGAGGGCGGUUUGGUCAAUGGCCAGGAUGUGCUGGCGCCCCAGGUAGCGCUCAAGGCCAAGCCUGUCGGUGUGGUUGUCGGCCCCGACUCGACACCAACCCUUUCGUUCACGUCCGGUUCUGAAGGUCGGCCGAAGGGUGUCCGUGGCCGUCAUUUCUCUCUGGCUUACUACUUCCCGUGGAUGUCCCAGACUUUCAAGCUCACACCUGACGAUAAGUUCACCAUGUUGAGUGGGAUUGCCCAUGACCCCAUUCAACGAGACAUCUUCACUCCCCUGUUCCUGGGUGCGCAGCUCCUGGUACCCGCGCGCGAAGACAUCCAGAACGAGAAGCUGGCCGAGUGGAUGCAGCGGUACGGCGCCACCGUCACCCAUCUGACUCCGGCCAUGGGACAGAUUCUGGUCGGCGGUGCCUCUGCGCAGUUCCCAUCUCUCCAUCACGCGUUCUUCGUCGGUGAUAUCCUCAUCAAGCGUGACUGCCGUUCGCUGCAGACUCUCGCACCAAACGUCAACAUUGUCAACAUGUAUGGUACGACGGAAACACAACGUGCAGUCAGCUACUACGAAAUCCCCAGUUACUCCAGCCAGGAGGGCUAUCUGGACACCAUGAAGGACGUCAUCCCCGCUGGUCGAGGAAUGGUUGACGUGCAGCUGCUGGUCGUGAACCGGUUCGAUCCCCGCCGCGUCUGCGCCAUUGGCGAAGUCGGUGAGAUCUAUGUCCGCGCCGGUGGUCUGGCAGAGGGCUACUUGGGUUCUCCCGAGCUGAACGAGAAGAAGUUCCUGACCAACUGGUUUGUGGACCCGGAGCAGUGGCGUGCGCAGGACAAGGCGGCUGCCACAAAUGAACCCUGGCGGGAGUUCUAUGUCGGACCCCGAGACCGUCUGUACCGCAGUGGAGAUCUGGGCCGAUACACUCCCUCUGGUGAUGUCGAGUGCUCCGGUCGGGCUGAUGACCAGGUCAAGAUUCGCGGGUUCCGGAUUGAACUGGGUGAGAUCGAUACCCACCUCUCUCGUCACCCGCUGGUGAGAGAGAACGUGACUCUCGUCCGACGAGACAAGUUCGAAGAGCCGACGCUGGUCAGCUACUUUGUCCCCGACAUGAGCAAGUGGGCGUCGUGGUUGGCGGACAAGGGUCUCAAGGACGAUGACUCUGCCGAGGGGAUGGUCGGUCUGCUGCGUCGCUUCCGGCCUCUUCGUGACGAUGCCCGCGAGCAUCUCCGAGGCAAGUUGCCGGCGUAUGCGGUCCCGACCGUGUUUAUCCCCCUGAAGCGCAUGCCUCUCAACCCCAAUGGCAAGAUCGACAAGCCUGCCCUGCCGUUCCCGGAUACCGAGGAACUGAGUGCCGCCGCUCCUCGCCGCCGCUCCUCGGUCAUGCAGCAGUUGUCGGAGACGGAGCAGGCUUUGGCGCAGAUCUGGGCCAAGCUGAUCCCCAACGUGACGGCGCGCAUGAUCGGCCCGGAGGAUUCGUUCUUCGACCUUGGCGGGCACAGUAUUCUUGCGCAGCAGAUGUUCUUUGAUCUGCGACGCAAGUGGCGCGGGAUCGACAUCAGCAUGAACGCCAUCUUCCGCAGUCCGACGCUCAAGGGAUUCGCCGCCGAGAUCGACCGACUGGUCGAUGUGGACUCGUUCAUGACCGGCAGCGAUGCCAACGCCGCUGCGGACGCAGCAGCAGCGGCCAGCGAGCCCGACGACGAGUAUUCCAAGGACGCGCGCCGGCUGGCGAACGAGCUCCCCGCCUCCUUCCCCGUCCGUACAGACCCCAUUCUUGCGGGUGAGCCGACCGUGUUCCUCACGGGCGGCACUGGUUUCCUGGGCGCACACAUCCUGCGCGACCUUCUGAGCCGCCAGUCGCCCUCUGUACGGGUGGUGGCUCUGGUGCGCGGCAAGACCGAGGAGCAGGCGCUGGAGCGGAUCCGGUCCACCUGCAAGGCGUACGGCUUCUGGGAGGAAUCCUGGAGCCAGCGACUGCAGUGUGUGUGCGGCAAUCUGGGCGAGCCGCGAUUCGGUUUAUCAGAAGCAGUCUGGGAUGAUCUGACGGAGCGGGUGGAUGCGGUGAUUCACAACGGCGCCCUGGUGCAUUGGGUGUACCCGUACUCGACCCUCAAGCCAGCCAACGUGCUGGGCACGAUGGAUGCGCUGCGGCUGUGUGCGACGGGCAAGGCCAAGCAGUUUGCCUUUGUCAGCUCGACCAGCACGCUGGACAACGACCACUAUGUGGAGCUGUCGGAGCGGAUUGUACACGAAGGCGGCGCAGGACUCAGCGAGUCCGACGAUCUGGAAGGCAGCAGUGUCGGGCUGGGGACGGGAUACGGUCAGAGCAAGUGGGCAGGCGAAUAUCUGGUCAAAGAAGCAGGUCGCCGAGGCCUGAAGGGUACCGUCAUCCGUCCUGGCUACGUUCUGGGUGACUCGCGAACCGGCACCACCAAUACCGACGACUUUUUGAUCCGGAUGAUCAAGGGUUGCAUCCAGCUGAAUGCCCGCCCGAACAUCCACAACACGGUCAACAUGGUGCCCGUGGACCAUGUGGCGCGUGUCAUCAUUGCCAGCGCCUUCCAUCCUCCCUGCACGCCGAUCGGAGUGGCCCAAGUGACAGGACACCCCCGGCUGCGGUUCAACCAGUUCCUGGGGGCGUUGCAGACGUAUGGCUACGAUGUCCCGCAGGUGGACUAUGUGCCCUGGGCGCGACUGUUGGAGCAGUACGUCAAUGACGGCGAGCACAACGACAAGGAAUCCCAACAUGCAUUGAUGCCCCUCUACCACUUUGUCACGGCCGAUCUCCCCUCCAACACCAAGGCCCCCGAACUGGACGACACCAACGCCGCGGCCGCCCUGCGCGACGACGCCGCCUGGACAGGCCUCGACGCCUCGGCGGGCGCGGGGGUGACGGAGGAGCUCGUCGGCCUGUACUGCUCGUAUCUGACGGCGACAGGGUUCCUGCCUGCGCCGACGGCAGUGACGAGCGCGAGUCGCCCCCUGCCGCCGACGCAGCUGACGGAGGACCAGAAGAAGGCGCUGGCCAAUGUCGGCGGCCGGGGAGGGUCUUCCUGAGAGCUGGGAUUCGACGCGAAUACGACGAUUGGACGAUUCGGCGAUUUGACAGCGUUUCGGGCUUGAACUACUACCUAUUCAAAAAGUGACUUAUCUCCUUUGUCCAAGUCGUUCCAGAGUAAUUAACCAUACUACUACUACCUACAUAUCAACCCAUUCGGUCAGGAGACAGUCCGACCUUCUCCGUAUUCUCUAUCAGACGAUCUUCUCUUCUUCACCUCCAGAUAAUCUCUCA